AUGUCUUUCCUCUACCAAACAACUCCCGUCAUUCGCACCGCAGUGCGAUCGUCCGUGGUACGCUCCUCACUUCGCCUCUUCUCUACCACAAACAUUCAGAAUAAGUCCGCCACCGAAACGGUCAAGGACGGCCUCAAGACGGUCGACCGAGCAGUUUCAGAUGUUGCAGUUGCCGGCAUCGACAAAGGAGUGGAACUGAAAGACAAAGCCGCCGAAGCCAUUGGCGUCGAGACUAAGAAGGCCGAAGGCACUGCCUACCAAGUUGCUGGUGAAGCCAAAGGCAAAACUGCUGAACUCUCAGGCCAGGCAAAGGGCAAGGCAGAGGAAGUCAAGGGCAAGAUGUCGUGA